GUCUCGGGGAGCGGGUUCAUGCCGGGCGGGGAGAGCAGGAGCCCGGCCAGGAAUGGGCACGGAGCCGGCCGAGUCAGAUUGUAGCUAAGAAGUGAGCAGGAUGCCCCCGGGCAUCUAUUGCCCUGUUGAAUUCUGGUCCAAGGAGGAAAACCAAACCAUCCAGGUGGACUUCCUGCUGCCUACAGGCAUAUACCUGAAUCUCUCUGUAUCCUGCAAUGCCAGCUUGGGCACCAUCAAACAGGUGGUCUGGCGUCACGCACAGUAUGAGCCGUUGUAUCACAUGCUCAAUGACCCCGAAGCGUACGUCUUCACGUGUAUCAACCAGACAGCCGAGCAGCAGGAGCUGGAGGAUGAGCAGCGGCGCCUCUGCGACAUCCAGCCCUUCCUGCCUGUCCUUCGGCUGGUGGCUCGUGAAGGUGACCGUGUCAAGAAGCUGAUUAACUCCCAGAUCAGCCUGCUUAUUGGGAAAGGUUUGCAUGAGUUUGACUCGGUGCGCGACCCGGAGGUGAACGACUUCCGUGCAAAAAUGCGACAGUUCUGUGAAGAGAAGGCGGUGAAGCGGCAGCAGCUGAGCUGGAUGACCUGGAUGGAGUACAACUUUCCCUUGCAACUGGAGCCCUUGGCCAAAGGUCCCAGGACCGGCCCCCUUCGCGUCCCCAACAAGAACAUCUUCGUCAACGUCAAGUUUGAGUCUGGCGGGGAGAGCUUCACCUUCCAAGUCUCCCCCAAGGAAUUCCCUGCCACGUUAAUGAGCUGUGCCAUCAAGAAGCAAGCUACCGUCUUCCGCCACCAGACAGUGGAGAGCCCUGAGGAUUAUACUCUGCAGGUGAAAGGGAAAUGUGAAUAUCUCUACGGGAACUACCCCCUGUACCAGUUCCAGUACAUCCGCAGCUGCCUGCACCAUGGUCUGUUGCCCCACCUGACGAUGGUACACUUCUCCUCCAUCAUUGCUAUGCGAGACGAGCAGACCAACUGCACCGCCCACACCCCGAAGAUGGUUUCCAAGCCUCCCCCGCUCCCCAAGAAAAAGCCAACUCACGAGUCUCUCUGGUCCCUUAAUCAGCCUUUUUACAUUGAACUGGUGCAAGGCAGUAAGGUGAAUGCAGAUGAGAGGAUGAAGUUGGUGGUGCAGGCAGGUCUUUACCAUGGCAACGAGAUGCUCUGCAAGAUGGUGUCGAGCGCCGAGGUGAAUGUGUGUUCGGAGCCAGUGUGGAAACAGAGGCUGGAUUUUGACAUUAGCAUCUGCGACCUGCCCCGCAUGGCGCGGCUCUGCUUCGCCCUCUACGCUGUCAUCGAGAAGGCCAAGAAGGCACGAUCCACCAAGAAAAAAUCCAAGAAAGCUGACUGUCCAAUAGCCUGGGUGAAUGUCAUGCUCUUUGACUACAAGGACCAGCUGAAAACAGGAGAGUGCUGCCUGCACAUGUGGUCAUCGUUUCCAGAUGAGAAAGGGGAGCUGUUGAACCCCAUGGGCACAGUCCAGAGCAACCCCAACACGGAGAGCGCAGCAGCCCUGGUCAUCUGCUUCCCCAGCGUCACACCCCAUCCUGUGUAUUACCCAUCCUUCGAGCAGCUGUUGGAGUUGGGGAGGAACGGAGAGUACACCCGCGCCGCACCAGAGGAUCCAGAGGAGAAGCAGCAGCUGAGGGAGAUCCUGGAGCGGAGGAGCCACACCGAACUCUAUGAGCAUGAGAAGGACCUGGUGUGGAAGAUGAGGUACGAGAUCCGGGACCAGUACCCAGAGGCCUUGGCAAAGCUCCUCAUCAUCACCAAGUGGAACAAACAUGAGGAUGUUGCCCAGAUGAUCUCCCUGCUCCAGUCCUGGCCGGAGCUGCCUGUCCUGAAUGCCCUGGAGCUGCUGGAUUUUAGCUUCCCUGAUCGCUAUGUUGGUUCCUUCACGAUCAACUCGUUAAAAAAGCUGACAGAUGACGAAUUGUUCCAGUAUCUGCUGCAGCUCGUCCAGGUGCUCAAGUAUGAAUCCUACUUAGACUGUGAAUUAACCAAGUUCCUAUUGGACAGAGCUUUAGCCAAUCGCAAAAUAGGACACUUUCUGUUUUGGCAUCUCAGGUCAGAGAUGCACGUCCCUGCAGUCGCCCUCAGGUUUGGCCUGAUUUUGGAGGCCUAUUGCAGAGGCAGCAACUACCAUAUGAAAGUUCUAAUGAAGCAGGGGGAAGCACUUAAUAAAAUGAAAGCCUUGAAUGACUUCAUUAAAGUGAGCUCUCAGAAGGCCACCAAACCACAAGCCAAGGAGAUGAUGCAUGUGUGCAUGAAGCAGGAGACCUAUCUCGAGGCACUUUCCAAUCUCCAGUGCCCCCUGAACCCCACCAUUAUUCUUGCUGAAGUUUGUGUUGAUCAGUGCACUUUUAUGGACUCCAAGAUGAAGCCGUUGUGGAUUGUGUUUAAUAAUGAAGAAGAAGGUGGAAGGGGAGUGGGCAUCAUUUUCAAAAAUGGAGAUGAUCUCCGUCAGGACAUGCUGACUCUGCAGAUGAUCCAGCUGAUGGACGUACUGUGGAAGCAGGAGGGUUUGGACCUGAGGAUGACCCCUUACGGCUGCCUCUCCACAGGCGACAAGACGGGGCUGAUCGAAGUCGUCAUGCACUCGGACACCAUUGCCAACAUCCAGUUGAAUAAGAGCAACAUGGCAGCCACUGCAGCUUUCAACAAGGAUGCGCUGCUGAACUGGCUAAAAUCCAAGAACCCAGGUGAAGCACUAGAACAAGCCAUAGAGGAGUUCACUCUUUCCUGCGCUGGGUACUGUGUGGCAACGUACGUGCUGGGCAUAGGGGACCGGCACAGCGACAACAUCAUGAUCCGGGAAACUGGCCAGCUGUUUCAUAUUGAUUUUGGCCACUUCUUGGGGAACUUCAAGACCAAAUUUGGUAUUAACAGAGAACGGGUUCCUUUUAUCUUAACCUAUGACUUUGUGCAUGUGAUCCAGCAAGGGAAAACUAACAACAGUGAGAAGUUUGAAAGAUUCCGGGAUUACUGUGAAAGAGCCUACAUGAUCCUGAGGUGCCAUGGUCUUCUCUUCCUGCAUUUGUUUGCACUGAUGAAAGCUGCUGGCCUGCCAGAACUCAGUUGCUCUAAAGACAUUCAGUAUCUCAAGGAUUCUCUAGCUUUAGGAAAAACAGAUGAGGAGGCAUUGAAGCACUUCAGACUAAAAUUUAAUGAAGCCCUUCGAGAGAGCUGGAAAACCAAAGUGAACUGGUUGGCACACAAUGUAUCCAAAGAUAAUAGACAGUAAUAAGCCUGUGCGUGGUCCAGGUGCUCUAGGAGAAUGUAAUAGCAGUGGCCAUGAGCCAGUUGUAUGAAGACUGCUGAAUGUUGCCAUGUUGAAGAUCAGCACCUGCACCUCAAGUUUUUGAGAAGAGUUUACAUCAUCCCACUCUAGAUCUCUAGGGCAGAAGGGGGACAGCAUGAGGCAAUAAGAUUAAUGUAUACACUGAAAGGUAGGUGUAUGUGAAGCUUGCAACUGUAAGUUCUUAAGUAGCACAACUGCCUCACCUCUACCCUUAAACGAUGGACAGCACACUUAAGUACAUUCCUCACCUACUGCUCAGUUUUAGGGAUGUGGAGCUGUGCUCAGAGAGGCUGUAAUUUGGCCAGUGACACAUCAACUUUUUAAAGCCAGACUAGAUUAGCACUAGCAGUGAACAAUGGAGCAAAAUAGCAUGUUGGUGCAUCUAAUAACUUCAGUCCCUCUUUACCUACUCACAGUUAGAAGGUGCUGCUGGGCAAUACUUUUUCUAAUUGAGGAUUUCACCAGCUUACCCCUACCCUUUCAGUGAUGUAUUUUAAUAAAGCAUCACAAGAUGGUAUACUGGUUUUGAGACAGUCGGAAGAUAAUGCUACCAAGCUCUAAUAUAUAACUACAGGAACUCCUCACUUAACGUUGUAGUUACCAUUUUGCUUAAAGUUGCAUUUUUCAGAAAUAUGUUAAGCAAAUCCAAUUUCCCCAUAAGAAUUAAUCUAAAUGAGGGGGUUAAGUU